AAGUUUUCUUUUCCUAGCUCUCAUUCCUACUAUUUGGAAUUUUCAAGUUCCUGUUGUAGCUGUUUCUCUAUCUCUUCCUAAUUAAUUGGUUUCAUGACAGUGAAACAUUACUGCAUGGUGAUGAGGAUCAACAUUGAUUGUAGUGGAUGUUACAGAAAAGUCAAGAGAGCCAUUCUUGAUAUGCCAGAGUUGGACAGCCAUCUCCUUGAAAAGCAGCAGACAAGGGUAGUUGUAUGUGGCAGAUUCAUCCCACAAGAUGUGGCAAUCAAGAUAAAGAAGAAAACUAACAGAAGAGUUGAGAUUUUAGACAUUCAAGACUUGACCGAGAACAAUGAAGAAAUGGAAGACCAGAAACCAAUCACCAAUAAUUGGACUCUUUUAGCCACCCAGAAUCAAAUAGAAACAUGUCUCGCUUGAGAA